AUAAUACAAAUAUUAUAGUUAAGAUAAUAAAUAGAAAAUUGUUUAUUGAACUUAAAUUUCCCCUCGUAAACUACGGUGAUUUUCUGUAGCGCAUGAUUCUGUUCGUAAUCGAUAUUAGGAAUGAGAAGAUCCAAUUUCAUUCAUAUAUUCAGCUCCGUCCUUCGUGACAUUUACUUCAUCAUUUUUCCAAAGAAAACAUGUAUCUUCUGUUUCUUCUUUCCGUACAUAUAUUUCGAAGAAUAUAGAGAAAAUUUAAUUGAAUUAUUGUUGUGUGUUUUGUGUUAGUUUUCGACAAAAUGUUAGCAACAGGGGGUAUAAAUAUGAAUGAAAAAAGUUAUAUGCUGGAGGGUGGAGGACGAAGACAUUUGUCGGAAGAUCGGGGAAGCAGUAUUGAUUCAAACGAAAAUGCUUUUGAUGAUAUGAAACAACUCAUAAGUGAUGAUGAAAAUGAUAAGACUAAUACCCUUCCAUGGGCCAGCUUUAAUUUUAUUAAUUCUAUACUAGGAAGUGGGGUUAUUGGAAUACCUUAUGCACUUCACGAAUCCGGAUUUGGUUUUGGAAUUUUGCUUUUGAUUUUCGUAGCGUUCGUUACUGACUACUCCUUAAUUUUAAUGGUGCGAAGUGGGCACAUCAGUGGAAAGUUCUCUUACCAGGGAAUAAUGGAAGCUGCAUUCGGAAGAGCUGGUUAUAUUUUUCUUGGAAUAUUACAAUUCGUUUACCCAUUUAUAGCGAUGGUUUCCUAUAACAUUGUAGUAGGUGAUACGGUAACAAAAGUGAUAGUAAGACUGACGGGAAUUGGACCAGAUUCGAUAUUUGCCAAACGAGAAGUUAUCGUGUUGAUUGCUACCAUAUUCAUCACGAUUCCUCUUUGUCUCUACAGGGAUGUAGCGAAACUGGCUAAAGUUUCAUUCUUAAGUCUCAUAUGUAUAGUUUUUAUUUUGUUUUCGAUAUUUAUGAGAAUUGGACCACUCAGCGACAUAGUGCCACAACAUCCUGAGUCAUGGAGCUUUAUCAAUAAGGAUAUUAUACCAGCAAUAGGAAUAAUGGCUUUUGCUUUUAUGUGCCAUCAUAACACAUUUUUAAUAUACAGCUCUCUAGCUGAUGCAAGUCAAAAGAAAUGGGAAAUUGUUACACAUAUUUCUAUAUUGACUAGUUUAGUUGUUGCAAUCAUGUUUGGAAUUGCUGGAUACUCAACAUUUAAAGCAUACUCUCAAGGAGACCUAUUAGAAAAUUAUUGCUGGGACGAUGAUCUGAUGAAUAUUAGUCGAUUGCUUUUUAGUAUACAAAUCCUUCUCACUUAUCCAAUUGAAUGCUUGGUGAGUCGAGAAGUUAUAGAAACGUCUUUAUUCAGCAGAGAUCCGAAUGUUCCUGUAUCAGAAAAACUUCAUUAUCUCAUCACUUUAGGGGUAGUGAUUACAACGUAUUUAAUUUCCAUCACGACUUAUUGUCUAGGAGUAGUUUUGGAACUGAACGGUGUAUUAGCAGCUGUCCCUCUGGCUUACGUCCUACCGGCAUUAUGUUAUUUACGAUUAGAAGAAGGUUUCAUAUUUUGUAGAAAAAAACUUCCUGCUCUUGGAGUCGUUUUAUUUGGAUUGGUAGUAGCAAUAAUGGGGGCAAUCUUUCUGAUUGUAGACAUAGAUCAAGUUGACACCUGCAUAGAGAGCCAAGUUAUGGAAUAUUGCAACAGAACUAUUACCAAUAUGACGUACAAUAGCACUUAAGUCUUAUAUUUUCAAUGGGAUUCGUACAUUGUAGAAGGUUAAUGUAUAAAUCCAUUGAGAUUACCAUUUGUUAUAUUGUGAGAAGAUAAUAAGUGGCAGUUAUAGUUACAAUAACUCUUCAUUAUUAUUUGAGAAACGGACGUACAUUUAUUUAUACUGCUAUUUAUUUGGGUAUGUAUCCUGAGUAGGCUGUUCAUAAUCGAAACUAAUUUUCAAUGUACUGCAGUAUAUAUUUAUGAAUCAUUUAUUGUUGAUAAACUGUUGAAAUUUCUCAUUCUUACUGUUAAUGUAAAAUCUCUUCCUUAUUGUUUUUAUAUGAUAUAGCUGAAAUAUUUUGUAUACAUUAGAUUGGUACAAUAAUCAAUAUACAUGAAAGUUUUGAUUCACUUUCUGUCUCAGAAGCUUCAAGACUGAGAUUUUUACGAUAUAUUUAAGUGACUGCCAAAUUAUAUGUAUAUCAUCGGACGUUCUCUUAUUCAUUCUAUACAAUUGAUCAUUCGUUGAGAGACACAUGUCACAAAAGAUAAAAUUUUCCCUAGACAGAACUCUUGCAUCUCAUUAUUAAUAAGUGGCUCUACCUCUAGUAUGGUUUCUAAAUUUGUCCGGUGAUAAUGCAGUAAAAAACUUUGGCGACUAUAAGGUGACAUUUGUUCAGUUUUAAACAAGUUUUUUGCAUAGAAUUACAUUUUUUUCAAAGAUGUUAGGAUAUUUAGAUAAUUCACUUUCAACUGUCAACCAUUACUGAAUUUAAACAAAAUUUGUACAUGUGAGACGGAUCUUUUAUUGAACAUAAAUACUUCUUAUAUAUCUGAUAUCACACAAAUACAUCUCCAUUUCUGAUGUUACUAGGCAGCUGUUAUUGAUACAAAUUUUUCUAAUACUUUAGUAGUCUAAAAAGACCAUCAUAUUUGACAAGGGACAUUUUUUAGUUGAAAAAUCAUGACUAGAAACCAUGAAUCUUCUUUAAUACUGAAUAAAAAUGCAGUAAAAAAGUUUCAUUUUGUUUUCACAUGGAAUGAGGUUGAUACUUGUAUGAAUGAAUGAUAGGAAACAACUUAAAAAUAAAAAUAAAUUCCAGUAUAUUGAAAUUUCUUGAUCAAAAUCUGUUCUUCUGUUUACAGGAUCUAAUAUGCAUGAUUCGGAUAAAAUAAACUUGAGAAAUAUUCAUAUCUAUUGGCGUCUAUGAGGUGACAUUUUUUUAGUUUCAAACAAGUAUUCAAUUUUAAUUUUUUACAUAAAAAACUUUUUUUUAAAGAUGUUAGGAUAUUUAGAUAAUUCACUUCCUACUACCAACCAUUACAGAAUCUAAACAAAAUUUGUCUAUUUCAAUGUGAAACGGAUCUUUUAUUAUACAUAAAGUGUAACAUCAUCUAAUAGGUUCACAUGACAUUCGAGGAAGACCCCAUUUAGGAUUUACUACUAUCAGCCAACUGAAAUACAUUUUAAAAACGGAUAAAACGAAUCACCUGUAGAAUUUUUCAAUGAAUCAUCAUUAAAAAUUAGUUUGAACGUAAUUCCUUAUUUCAAUAAAUUCUUAGACUUCUUAAGAUACAUUAAAUUAAAGAAAGCACUUGACAUCUUCUCCUAUUAACCUUUUUUUUUCAAUGGAUAGUUGGGAUAAGCUCUGUUUAUAAACAUAUUUCCAAUUUAUUUUUUCUAGUUUGUUGGAAUUGAAAACUUACAAAUAACGGAAGGUUAGGUUAGGUAUAAUAAAUAAAAUUUAGUACUUAGGAAUCAAUUCAUCUCAGAUAAUUAGUCCAACGUAUAAAAUCAAUACUAGAAACUUUGAAUGUCUCCACAGGCCGUUUGACGUGGGGAAAUUACAUGCAGUGGCACGAUGUAAUAUAUCUUGAUGAAAGACAUGCACAGUUAGAGCUUAUCGAUUCAUGCCAGAUUUCAAAAUUGCAUAUUUCUCGGCCUGAUGCCACUUACAUUUCUAAGAAAACAAAAAUCUAGUCAAAAUUGUUUCAAAAACCAACAAUUCUGCUGAAUGGUUUGAGUACUUUUGCAAAAUUAUUUUUAGGUAUAAUUGUGAGCCUAAACUAAUUUAUUUUCUUUUUUUUUCAUGGAAUUUAUUUGCGAGGUUUUUAUUAUUAUUAUUAAUUAGUUUUGGAUAGUGACAGCUAUCCUACAAUGUCAAAAAACGUGCAAUAUUCAACAUAUGCAAAUUUAUUCUUGCACAUUGGUUUGCAAGAAAUCGAACAAAUAAUUAGUAAAUACUACUAAUACUUCGAUAAAAGUGAAUAUAUGGUAACUAAUUGAUUUUAAAUACGGUUCAAAAUUUACAAUAUUCAUUACAUAUUUUACUGUAGUUAUAGGUAAGUUUUUGUUUCUCAAUUAAAAGUGAAGAUGCCCACUUGAAAUGUGUAAAUUACAUUUGUGACUUUGUCAUCUUUUGUGCUACUGAACGAAGAAUGCAUGUUUUUGUGAUGACAGGUCCCAAUGAUCGGAAUCGAUGUGCACAAAUAAUUUUUCCUUGUAAUUGCGAACUAGAAGAACGUGGUUUUAUCAAUAACACCACCCUGCAUAUAAAAAUAUUUAAUAGUGUUUUUUAUGCUGAUUCGAUACCUGCUUCUCGUUUUUCUCUAUCAUGUCCAGAUUUUCUACAAUUUCAUAUUCUAAUUUCACUGGACGUUGUUUCAUACACCAACAAUAUAAAUUUUGUUUUCAAUAUUAGUUUACGUGUACAGAGAUGUAUGAAUGAAAAUAAAUAGUUGACAAAGGAUGAAUUAUUGAUUAUUUUGAAAAAAAAUCAUGAAGGCAUUUCGAAGUAUGUGAAAUUAGAUAAGGUACUAACGUAAAAGUAUUAUAUUUUAGCUCUCCAACAUUCGUUUUUUUGAUUUCUUGCUAAUUUAUUGGGUGUCUUGACAAUUCCUCUUGUGAUUCAAGCAGUUGUCGGUCAUCAAAUUUUUCCAUUUCUUUUAUGUAUUUGUGAAACUGUAAUCUUAGGGAAAUAGUCAAGUUGGGAAUGUAGAAUCCUACUAGGUUUGUGUACUUUAAAUCUUUAUUGUUGCUUCUUCCAUUAAAAUUCGGAUUUGUUGACCCACGAAAAUUUCUGCCUUGAUUUUUUCUGAGGUUGUGCAGAGAAAUUUUUCGGGAAGUUGAGCGCCUUCUUUUGAUAAAGCGUUUACGAAUUGUUUAAUCAAUCCAAGUUUUAUGUGCAGCGGUGGUAGUUUCAAGCAGGAUAUUUCUUAUACAAGGUUUAAAAUUUUGUCGUUUAUGCCACAAUUUGUGCGUGCCUUGUUAUUUAGUAGCCUGGAAUGAAUCAUCACGAUAGAAAUUAUCCAUUUGUUAGUUAACCAGACGUAGCGGAAACAAACGAAUUGCAUUUUUGAAAUCAGCUUGCAAAAACUGCAUAAAGAAAAUCUAUUUUCAUUCCGUCAAAGAUUUUGAUGCAGGGUGGUGUAAUUACAAUUACAACCGUCACGGUUUUUAGGAAAAUUUGAUUUUAUAUUAGUCGUGGCAUACUGCCAGAAGAGUACCUAGUUGUUUUUUUUUCGAUGUUCCAUUAUAAUUUUUGAAGAUAUAUAAGUCUAUCUACUAUUUAUAAUUCAAUUAAUUGAAUAGUAAUAAAUUGUAAAUAAUAUAUUGAUGAUACAUCGAUGUCUCACUAACUGAAUUUGAAGUUAUAAUACUCAGAUAACGAUGAAAUAAUUUAAUAUUUCUUUCUCACUGGUUCAAUCAUUGAUUCUCAUUUCAGUUGCUUUGAACCUUAAUUUUCAGAGAUACGAAUACCCAUAAUUUUAAUUUGUACAUUUACAAUUGGUCCGUAAUUUCAAAUUCAGUCUCAUACAAUCGAAGCUGUUUUAAAAUGUUAGGACGGUGACUUACUAUAAUGUUAUCAAUCAAAUAUAGAGCUUAUAAUAAAUUAAAAUCAAGCAACGCAAUAUGACUAGACAGCCAAAUAUAUUUAUCAGGGAUUUACUAAUUGAAUAUAAAUUCAUAUAAAUUUAAGUAUAUAUUCUACAUGCCAAGAUAUCUAUAGAGCGUGGCUACGUUAUGAAAAAAAAUCUCUUUUACCAAGCAUUUAUUUUCUUUAUCAAAUUGUAUUCACUAAUCAUUCACUAAUUCCUUUGUAAUUAAAAUGUGUGUCUUCUAAUACCACAUUUGAAAGGACUUUUGAGAAUUAUUUUAGCAGUAUAAAAGUGGCUUUUAUAGGGAAAAUGGUUAAUUAAUUUAUUCAGAAAAUAAUUUCACAACUAUACGAACAAUAAUAACAAACUAAUCGAUAUAUAAUACUUUUCAGCUGAAUUAAAGUGCCACCCACAUUUAUUUCGACAAUAAGCACCAUAUUCUUCUUGUGUACAUAGGCAGUUUAUCGACAACAACAUUUUUUUUUAAUUUUUAUUUAUUCACAAUAAACAAAAUCUAGAAGUGUGGGAUCUGGAGAUAAUGGAGGAGUUCACCUCCCAGACCAACACUGAUUAAAGGCUGAUUCAUAAACCUGACUUUCCGUUUGCUGUUUGAUGAUCAUUCACCUUAUUGAUAAACUUGCUGCCGUUAAUCUAAAAACUUUGUUAUUCUUUUUGACGUGAGUACUACUUUGUAUUUUUCUGAUACUUUUGUGUUUCGGUAUUUAUGAACGAUUUUAUGGAAAAUAAUGAAGAGUUUUUUUAUUGGGACAAACGCAAAUGUUUGUGUUGAAAGUUACUAACUGCAGAAGGGGACGUCAAACGGCAACUGCGAAUAGUCUUAUGAAUUCUAAUGUUUCUAAUUUUGUAACAGCAAAUGUCAACGGAUGCGGCAAACGGAAAGUCAAGUUUAUGAAUCGGUCUUAACACUCGUGAAUACCGCGUGCCUAAGCAGGGGUGCACAAUCUUAUUGGUAAGUGAAAAUUAUUAUAACCUAACUAGCUGAGUCACUUGAAAUAUUGAAAUACAAUAGCUUAUUGUGUAAAAGAAUCAACAGUAUGAACUGCAGAAUAUAUUUUUUGUUUACUCCGUAAAAAUGAUAAUUGGCCAACUAUACCAUUACAGUAUUAAAAAACCAGUCAAAUUGGGUAUUACAAGACUAACAGUUCAACUCAAGAAUUUUAACAAUUAACUAUAUUCUAUUCUUAAAUUAACUGUUUAUAUUUAAAAGAUUUCUUCAACCAUUUGAGUAUAAAUUUAUUUUUUUUUCUCUCUAAUUUCUUGGGUAGGUUGUUUGACUGAAUUGUCCUGAAAAUUAUAUAGGAAUGACUACACAAUACUUAGAGAAUGGAAUAAAUGGUCACAAAUACACCAAAGAUGCAUCGACUGCUCUACACAUUUUAAAAAAAUAAAAA